AUGCCGCGCAGUGAAGACGAAGUCGGACAGAAAAUUGACCGGUAAAUUUUCGGGAAAAAGUUUCUUUACCAAAAAAUCGGGUUUUUUUGCAGCUGCUUUGCGGAUUCGUUGCUCAAAGUGACCGGAGGCGUCGCGAUUGGAAUCGUGGCCAGCGUCGCCUUUUUCAAGGUGAAAAAUUGGGAUUUCUAAAGAGUUGAUAAAAAAAUCGAUAAUUUCGGAUCCGAUCAGGACCAAACUGUGCGGGCAUUUUGGGCAUGGAUUGAAGAAUACUGGGACCGAAUUUCAGCCCGAUCGGAUUGUCUGGUCCCGAGAUGUGGAAUGUUGGCCGGAAUUGGUCGAAAAGCCCGGGCAAUUAUCCACAUACGGGCUGAAACUUGGCCCCAGUAUACUUUGGUCCGAGUCCAAGAAGCUUGCUAAGUUUGGGUACGAUCGGAUUACGGCAACCGGUUCAAAAGUCCAGGCCAAACGCCGACAAAUCCUUAAAACAUACGAAAGUGUGUAGAUUUCUCAACAAAAAAAAAGAAACAAUUUCAGAGCCGCUCGUGGCCAAUCUGGUUCGGAUCAGGCGUCGGUCUCGGCACCGGCUGGUCGAAUUGCCGUCACGACUUUGCGUCGCCGUACGUCUUGCACGGAAGGAAAGUGCCGGCCGGCCAGGACGCCGCCGGAAAGCCCACCUUCAACAUUGUCGUCGAAAAACAGUGA